UCCGGAGGGGGUCAAAAUACGGCACAAUACCGGCGCAGGGCGCACGUGUGCGGGAGCGCGUGCCUGCUGCGCCUGCGUCUGUGCGCGUGACCCACGUGGUUUGUUUCUGUGGGCGCACGCGCGAACGAAUAUGGCGACCCGCUGCACGUCUCGCGUUACCGGACAGUGAGACACACCGAGAGCGAAAGACUGAAAGAGACACACGGUUUUGUCAGUAGGUGCUGCGUCUCAAUGCAGAUGUUUCGGGUGAAAUGAAUAAGGCACCUCAGCCUCUGUCUGGACCCCCAUCCGCCCCGCCCCACCCCUCCGUCCCGCUCCCAACACCCUCCCCGGGCCUGUCCCAGCCCAGUUUUCCUUCUGCUCCACCUUCAGUUGUUUUCGGCACCCCUCCACCACAAAUGAACCCCUCCGCCCAAUCCCGACAGUUUGCCUCAGGUCCUAGAGCUUUACCACAACAGGGUGGAUUCAGGUCGCUGCAGCCGUACUAUGCCAGUCGGCCCACUUUACCUACCAAUUCUGGGCGUGUUCAGUCAAGCCCCGCCCCUCACCCAAUUCCCCCUCCACACGGACCACGCCCCGCUCAUGUAUUCCAGCCUGGCCCCUCCCAAAUGAUGAUGAUCCCCCAGCAAUCAAUCAGCUUCCCAAACUCGCAAGGCACUGCCUUCUACAUACCCGGCCAGUACCGCCCCUCUUACGUGACCCCUCCGCAGUAUCAGGUGGCUGGUUCUCCUGGUUUUUACCCUGGUACCAGUCCGGGUGAUUAUGCUGGAGCGUAUUACCCCGCUCAGCCCCAGUUCACGCCCCCUGUUCCCCCUGCACCCGUUUUGAUGAGCCCAGCUCCACAGCAGCAGCAAGCCCCGCCUCCUCCACAGCAGCAAGCUCCGCCCAAACGGGAACGCAAGCAGGUGGGAUGCACACCUUACUGUGCGUGCGUGCGUGCGUGUGUGCGUGCGCGUGUUUGUGUGCGUUGCGUGUGUGUUCAGUCAGAUGAGAGAAUACACCACUUCUUUAUCAUCUAGUAACUCUUGACACGAGUCUGUGGCGGUGUGCUGCCUUGUGUUUUGUGUAGAUUUGUGACAGCUUUGGUUUGGUUGGUUGCUCUCAAUUUAGUGGUUGUGUUGAGAUUGUUGCUCAGAGAUUUGAAGCAUCAGGGUUCAGAAAGACACAUCAAUGAGGAACCUCGGCAUCUCAUGUAGCUGUGUUUAAAGUUAGUUCUCGUUUUAGUUUUAAUACUGAAAUAAACUGAAAAUAUGUUUUGAUUUAAAAUGAUCGAUGUGUGUUGAACUCAAGAAAGGAAGACAUCUGUGUUAGCACAUUAUGAGAGAAUUAUUCUGUGCACGUGUGAAUGUGGUCACUCCGGCACAUGAUGUGUGUAGCGUGCGAGUCGCACAGAAGGUCUACUCGUGUUAUCAGAGAGAUCACAGCCGGGUUGCACGGCUCGAACCUUUGACCAGUGACGUCUGCUUCAGAGGAAUAGAAACUCAGAGAGAGACACGGUGAAAGAGAGAGAAAAGUCAUCUCAAAUUUAAGUUUCUCAAUCAUUUUCUUAUCAGUAACGUGCAUGCCUCAUCUGAGUUUUAUAUUUGAGAGUAAACAUUUGCUUGACAAAGUAUUCUGCAUUGCCAAAGAAACAGAAAUAGAAAAUGACAGUUUUAUAAAGUUAAGAAUACAGCUAGACAGAGA